AUGGCCCCAGUUAAGAAGUCUAAGAAGGAUGCCAACACCAUCAACUCGCGCCUGGCGCUUGUGAUGAAGUCCGGCAAAGUCACUUUGGGAUACAAGUCUACCCUCAAGACGCUCCGCUCCGGAAAAGCUAAGCUUGUCCUGAUCGCCGGAAACACCCCCCCUCUGCGCAAGAGCGAGCUGGAAUAUUAUAGCAUGCUUAGUAAGACCCAAGUGCAUCACUUCCAGGGAAACAACGUCUGA